UUCUGUGUACAUCUCAGGCAUGCCAGAGAGGAGACACAUAAUUAUUAAAGUACACAGAGUCUCCAUUUACUGAAGAGAGAAAAAAUAGUUGUUGUGAUUGGUCGAUGGCUUAGAGAUGUCCCGCCCCCUUAGCCUAUCACUUACAAUGUGUUGGAGCACUAGCGCGAGUGUUAUGUAGUGAUGUCCCUGUGUGCCGGAAGUAAAGAAAGGACUACAGAACGGCCCUUAAACUGUGAAUGUGCAUCUCUGUUGUUUUUAAACAGGUGAACAGGUGUGAUGUUUCUUCUUGGUGUGUUUUUGUUUCAGGGCCACUGCAGGGCUGCAGCAGGUCAAAUGUCACAAAGGUCACGGAGGUCAGAUUCAAUCAGGCGCCUCGAUUCCUCUGCCGCCUCGCAGACCUGAAGGUGAUGGACGGCAGCGCGGUGACCAUGACGGUGGAGCUGACCGGUCUCCCCCCCCCUGAGGUGGUCUGGCUCCACGAUGAACAGCAGGUUUCUGAGACGGAGGAUUUCCAUCUCCUUCGUGACGGGACUCUCUGCUCUCUGAUGAUCCAGGAGGUUUUCCCCGAGGACACCGGGAUGUACAGCUGCCGGGCAUCGAACCGGCUCGGAGAGGACCGGACACAGUGCCGCCUCACCGUGGAGGAGCCCCAGGACGGGGUGCAGCCGUGGUUCAUCACCAAGCCCAAAGCAGUGAGAGCGGUUCAGGGUCAACACGUCCUGCUGUCCUGCGCUGUGGCUGGAGACCCUUUCCCAGGGUGCACCUGGGCCAGAGCCGGACGACCUCUGACCUCCGGGGGCGACUACGAACUGCUGCAGAAAGAGGACGUCAUCUCACUGCUGAUCAGGAGGGUUACAGAUCUUCACGCUGGAGAGUACGUGAUCACUCUGAGGAACCAGGUUGGGCAGUGCAGCGCUGUGGCCUGUCUGUCUGUCACUGACGGAGAGACAGACAGGUCGGCAGGACGAGAGACAGACAGGUCGGCAGGACGAGAGACAGACAGGUCGGCAGGACGAGAGACAGACAGAGGACGAAGAGGAGGAGGAGGAAGAGGAGGAGGAGGAGCAGUGAGAGGAGGAGAGCAGCAGGGCAGCAGAGUCAGUCGGCAGGAGGCCAACGAGCAGCAGAAGAAGAACCUGCAGCAGGAGGAGAAGACGCUCCUGCAGAAGAAGAAGAAAGAGGAGGAGGAGGAGGACCAGAAGCUUCUGGGACACAGAGCACUCAAAAACAACCGUGAAGAGGAAGAGGAGGAGGUGAGGGAGGAAGAGCGCCGCAGCCAAAACAGCAUCAUCAUGGACUUCAAGGCUAACCUGAAAGGUGUGAAGAAGGCGGAGGAUCGGAAAGCCGCGGCGCCGCAGGUCGACUUCAGGGCCGUGCUGGGGAAGAAGAGCGGAGCGAAACCAGCCGAGAAAAACGUGGAAGAAGGCAUCAAGAAGACGAGCCCCGAGAAGAACGGGGAGAAGAUGGCGGAGAACAACUGUGUGGACGAGGGUCUGAAGGAGAAGAAGGCGGGGGGGAAGAUGGCUCCUGAGUUCUUGGAGAAGCUUUGUGACGUGACGGUGAUCGACGGACAUAUCCUCCGUCUGCAGUGCCGUCUGAACGCCUCGGAUCCUCCGUCUGUCACCUGGACGCUGGACGGAAAGACCAUCAAACCCUCCAAGUUCAUCGUGCUCGCCAACGAAGGCGGCCUGUGCUCCCUGACUAUAGGGAAAGCUCUUCCUGAGGAUGAAGGAGAAUAUAAAUGCAGAGCGGAGAACUCAGCUGGGAAAUCUGAGAGCUGCUGCAUGGUGCUGGUGGACGAUCCGACAGAAAACUCCAUCUCCGAUAAAAAGAAGACGAAGGCUCCGACCUCCGAGAGUGAAGCCAGAAUAAAGAAACCGACCACCAAGACUCCUCCAAAACAAGCCGUUCCUCCUCAGAUCCUGCAGUUCCCCGAGGACAUGAAGAUCUUAGCGGGAGAGAAGGUGGAGAUCCUCUGCAGGUUCUCUGGAGCUGCUCCCAUCACCUGCACCUGGCUGAAGUUCAGGAAACCA